AUGAAACUAGGUGCAGCGGGGGAAGCAUACUUCAUGCAAGAAGUUGAGGACAGCAUUGGCGUUGCCGAUGAAGACCUUGCAAGCCCGCUUUCCUCUCCUGUACACUCACCUCGGCGCGCUUGUGGCCUCUCAACGGAUGCAUCUCUGCCUCCUGCACCGGAGGACUCGAAUUCCCUCCCGCCUUCUCACCCAGUCCAGGGGGCGACUCUAUCGACAGCGGCCUCUGCAGUCCUUGCAGAUAGCCGCAGGCCGGGGGAAACCCAGACAGGGUCAGAGCUCCCGCGAGGCACUAAUGGAUUGUCUCCGUCAUUGGGUGCUGACGGUCCCGUUCCUAAAGACGCUCCUGCAGGCUCUGUAGCAACUCAAGAUGCCUCUUCUACCUGGAGGUCUGCGUGGGGAACUGCAGCCAGAUAUGAAGGCAGCACAGCAGGUUUGAUGGAGGGAAGCCCUUCCGGCUCUCUUCCAGAAGCGGAGGGAACCUUAGGACGACAAGGGGAGGAAGGUCGCGCUGGUGUUCAGUUUUCCCUUUGUGGUCAUGUCUUGUUCGGCACAGCAGAUGAAGCGCAGCACGACGCCGAUGUGUUUGAGGCGAACCUUGUUACCUGGGAAACCCUUGACGAAAACCCGUCGUUGUGGUAUCACCCUUCCCUGGUAGCCUGCUUCGAAAGAACUCCUCCUUAUUAUCCGGCGAAGGUGGCGCUGCCGCUGCUGGCGAGUUGGCUGCUGUUCAACCGCCCGCUUUCGCUGGAUAGCGUGAAAAGACUGAUGACAGCAGACAUAACCUACACAGACAGAGAAGGUGCUACCUGGGCUCCGUGGCAAACAGACGGUGUGGGUAGCAGCUCAGGAGUGCUGAGGCCUAGGCCUGAACCCCUAAGCUCCGCCGACUUCUCUCAGGGUAGUCCCAAAAGAGACCAACUCCAGGGUGCAACGUUCAGCAGCGGGGUGAACAGCGACAGCGAAUCUCCUGCCUUCGCGGCAAACAGGGAGCCUUCUACCGGGAAGAGACUCAGGCGGUCUCUAAGACCGACUCCACAGCAGUUGGUGAGGCUCGUUGAUACGGGCGUUAAGACGCAUUUCCCUAUCUCAAGAUAUGGGAUAGAGCAGCUGCAGAAUAGCGACAGCUCUUCCCUCCAGGGCGAGAAAAGCGUCUGUGGAACAAUCUAUCUUUGGCCUACAGACAUCAAAAUCGUAGUGUCGGAUGUAGAUGGCACCAUCACCAGAUCGGAUGUUCUGGGGCAGUUGAUGCCCAUCGUGGGCAGAGACUGGUCACACACAGGUGUAGCAGAGCUUUUCACGAAGAUCAAAAAAAGCGGAUAUCUUAUUCUUUAUCUUACGGCUCGGGCUAUUGGUCAGGCGGAUGCCACUCGUGACUAUCUUUUCGGGCUUACACAGAAGGAGCGAGACAAACUUCCAGAUGGGCCUCUGAUACUCAGUCCUGACCGGCUCUUCCCCUCUUUCCGUCGUGAAGUAAUAGACAGAAAGCCGUAUAUUUUCAAAAUUGCAGCUCUGAGGGACAUUCGCAGCCUCUUCCCAGCGAACAGGAAUCCUUUCUACGCUGGGUUUGGCAACAGAGAGUCGGAUCAUCGGGCUUACAUCCAUGUGGGUAUUCCAGAGGCGAAGAUCUUCAUCAUCGACACGGCGGGUGUUAUUCACCACAUCAGCAAUUCUACAUACGCGCGAACCUAUGAGACGAUGAGCGAGAUUGCUGACCAUAUGUUCCCGCCUUUGAAGAAUUCGCCAGUGUCACGUGGGCAGCCAGGACAGGAGCUCGAGGAGCGAGAAGAGGAAGAGGUUAGGCAGCGGAAGAGGCUGCAGUACAUACUACACGUAGACAAGCAAGAUGACAACUGGGCCUCUCCCACCUCCGUUUGCUGUAGCGGCUGUAAUGAGGAGCCCCACCAAAUUACUCUCUAA